CAGCUGGGAGCUCGCAGCGAGCUGGUGAAAACUUCAGAGCCGAAGCGGCAGGGCGGGGAGCCGGGCAUGGGGUAGCUGCUCCGCUCACCAUGUAGGCGAGCCCCGGGCUCACCCUAUCGCUCCGCUCCUUCUGCACCGCGUUGGCACCGGGCCGGGGGUGGCGGCGGGGGGGACCAUGCGGAGCGCCCCGGCCGCCGGGCUCCUGCCGCUGCUCCUGGGGCUGCGGCUGCUGCUGGGCGGCGGAGCCGCGGCUCAGUACUCCAGCGACCUGUGCAACUGGAAAGGGAGUGGCUUAACUCACGAGUCUCACAAGAAGGAUGUUGAACAGGUCUACCUCCGCUGCUCCGAAGGGGCUAUCGAAUGGAUGUAUCCCACGGGAGCACUCAUAGUCAACCUACGACCCAACACUUCACCUGCCUCUUACAAGCAUUUGACUGUUUGCAUAAAGCCCUUCAAGAACUCUGCAGGAGCAAAUAUUUAUUUGGAAAAAACUGGAGAACUGAAACUCUUGGUCCGAGAUGGAGAUCGCAGCCCCAGUAAAGUCUAUUGCUUUGGCUACGAGCAGGGGGGGCUCUUUGUUGAGGCCACUCCCCAGCAGGACAUUAGCAGGAAGAUCACAGGUUUCCAGUACGAACUGAUGAACAAGGGGAUUGCAUCUGAUUUGCACACAGUUUCUGCUCCCUGCCGACCAUGCAGUGACACAGAAGUCCUCUUGGCUGUCUGCACUAGUGACUUUGUGAUCAGAGGCUCCAUUCAGGAUGUAACCAACAUGGCAGAAGAGCAGGAAUCCACAAUUCAUGUCGGCGUCAACAAACUGUACAGGCAGAAGAGCAAAGUCUUUCAGCUGACGGGGGAGAAUGGGAACUGGAGAGGGCAAAUAAAGACCCUGCUAGAGUGUGGGGUGAAACCAGGAGACGGAGAUUUCCUGUUCACGGGACGAAUGCACUUUGGGGAGCCCAGGUUAGGCUGUGCCCCCCGCUUCAAAGACUUCCAAAGGAUGUACAAAGAGGCAAAAGACAAAGGGCUAAACCCCUGUGAAAUUGGCCCUGAUUGAAAAAUCCCCUUUUCGGCAGAAGAUCACUUUUAGUGGUGAAAACUGAACAAAAAUGUAAACUGAGAGCACGGUCAGAUGCGGGGCCCUGCAGAACACCCCUGCAUCCUGGGGUGCUGUGGGACUGAUGGAAGCAACAGAGGUACGAGCUCAGAAGGCUGCCAAGCAAGCAAGGCUGGGUUUUUAACCAAUCUUGUCCUUAUGAAUUAAGUUAUUAUAUUUUUUUAGUGACUUUCUUAGGAAAACAAACAAAGAAAACUCCCAUGUCUUAAUAAAAAAACCCAAAUGAAAGCCAACAUGCCUUUGUCUUUUUAAUACUAAUUUUAAAAAAUGUCUUAAGCUGAUGUAGCAUUUGGUAUGGCAUAUCCUGUAUAAGUGGCCAAGAAUGUGAUGGAGCACAGUAAAACAUCUGAACGCUGAUGCUUUGUAAAAAGCUUGGUGUACAAUUCAAAGUUGUUUCUUAUGACAGAAAUUUAUGGAGCCAAACCCUUGAGUUGUGUGUUGGUUUUUUGUUUGUUUUUUUUUUAUUUGAAAGAAUGUACAAUUGCUACCUGCAAUUUUGUGUCCAGCCUGGCAAAUUCUUUCCAUUCCAGAGAAAUAAAGGUCCCUGGAUUUGACAUAA